UUUUUUUCAUAAACUAAUAGUUUUUAAUAUAAGUAUAUAAAAAUUACUGAUAGUUUUUAAUAACAGUAAAUAAAAAUUACUGUUUACGUAAAAAUGCAUUUAAACAAAAUUUUUUGAAAAGGAAAAUACGAUACUAUAUCACUAGCUCGCUUAUCAAAACUACCACAAUGUAUCUUAUUUGUUACAAAAAAACAGCUAAAUAUUAUUUUCCUCAAAAAUUAAUUUUAAUUUUACUUUAAAUUAAUUCCAAAUUGAGAAAAAAAUAAUACAAGGAUAUUUAAAAAUAAAAAAAAUUAAAGUUAAUAAAAAUAAUUAUAUGAAUUAUGUGUCCAUAAAAAUUUUCUACAUUUUAUCAUAUAAUAUCUCGAUUAUAUCUGUCCAAGCGUUAGUAUACUUUUAUCUUUCCAAGUUGAACGUUACUAAAAGUCUUUUUUAAAAUGGUUAAACCCCGUAUUCUCGUCAUUAGCAACGAUACACCUACUGUUGCUUUGGAUCUUCUUAGAACCAAAUGUGACUUGACAAUUAUUCCGUCUCCCCAUCCAACGAGGGAACAUGUUCUUAGAGUUGUUCCAGAACAUGAUGGAAUUUAUCUCAGUUCAAAAGUCAAUGUUGACAGUGAAAUGCUCAACGCUGCAGGGCCUAAUUUGAAAGUUGUUUGUACCAUGGCAGCCGGUUAUGACCAUCUUGACAUUCCGGAAAUUAAAAGAAGAGGUAUAAAAGUUGGCAACACAUCCGAGGUUUCAUCCUCCGCUGUUGCUGAUAUUGCCGUAAUGUUGUUACUCUGUGCAGCCAGAAGAGCCAACGAAGGACGAUUAAAAUUAAUCGAGGGAAAAGUUAAAAAAAGCCCACAAUGGUUAUUGGGAGUCGAUGUCAAAGGUUCGACAAUCGGAAUUGUUGGAUUUGGAAAUAUUGGCCAAGCAAUUGCAAAACGACUGAAAGGAUUUGAAAUAAAAAAUAUUCUCUACACUGGACACUCGAAAAAGAAAGCUGGAGAUGAAUUAGGGGCAGAAUUCGUAUCUCUGGAUGAACUUUUAGAAGAAAGUGAUUUUGUAAUUGCAGCCACGCCAUUAACGAAUGAAACAUUAAAAAUGUUUAAUGACAAUACCUUUGGAAAAAUGAAGAAAACUGCCGUUUUUGUCAAUGUUGGUAGGGGAAAAGUUGUCGACACUGAUGCUUUAGUGAGAGCUGUUGAAAAUAGGACAAUUUUCGCCGCUGGACUCGAUGUCGUUGAUCCUGAACCUCUUCCUCGCGAUCAUAAACUUCUGAAAUUAGCAAAUAUUGAAAUUAUGCCACAUCAAGGUAAUGCCACUGUGAAAAUACGAAAUAGUAUGGCAACAACUGCUGCACAAAAUCUUUUGAAUGCAUUGGAGGGAAAACCAAUGAUUUAUCCUCUAUAAUUCACCAAAAGUUUUAACAUUAUUUAUUUACACUCGAGUUUCUUAUUAAAUAAUGAAUUUUAGACGAUUUAGAAGAAUAAAUAAUAUUAAAUUUCAUAUUAUUUCCAUUCAUUAAUAAAGAA